AUGAAACGUGGCUGGGUCUUUCAGCAUGACAAUGAUCCCAAACACUCCGCCCGGGUCCAGCAUGCCCUGAAGUAUGCUGACAUCUCUGUCGUCUUUGGCCUGGAGGAGAGCAUCCAAUUCAGUGGGGAGGAUGCGGUGAAGGCCAUCGUGAAGACUGCGGCUAAAAGAUUGUCCUUGCGUUCGGACUCCAACCGGGCUCAACUGCGUGCCGCACGCUCUGCUCCUGGCUUGGAGGAAACCCUAGAAGAGGACCGAGAGGAGAUGGCUGAUGACAGCACUGGUUUGGAAAAGACCAGUGUAAGCUCAGCCAUCUCUGAAAAGUCCCAGGUUAUUAGCUACCUUUCUGAAAGCACCAAGCCCAUCAGCAGCGCCCUCUCCACAGACCUCGAGGACAUCACCUCCACACAGAAGAAAGAGAAGGAAGAGGCUAUGAAGAAAGAAGUGAGGAAGUCAGGAAAGAAGAAGCGAGGAAAUAACAAGAACCAGAAGAAGAACAAGGUGUCUCCUCUUGGCAAUGAUAGUACUGUGGCUGCAGAUGAGCCUAAGAAAAAACAGGCUCUCCUCCCCCGGAUCACAGCCGCCCUGGCAAAACUAUUUUGCUUCCCCUUCAAAAAGAAAAUGCAAAGAGUAACUGUGCAGAAGACGAGUUUGGGAAAACCCUGCUGCCACCUCCCCCAACCCACUUUCUAA